GAGCAGAAACGCGGUGUGCAUUUCCCAGCAUUUUCUGGCAUUGGCAAUUUAAUCUAAGAUUGGAAUAAAAUGGCUGGCAAGCGGCAGGCCACCACGAACCUGAACCACGACAACUGGGACCAAGAGGAGGAGCCCGAGGAGCGCGGUGUUUUCCGCCAGGCCCCCGAGGAUGUGCUCAAGACACGCAAUAUCAAGAAGGCGGCCCGCCGCAUGGUUACCGGCGGACCCACCGCCGGCACCGCGGACGCCCCGGCUGAGGCGAAGAGCGUGUUCAGCGGAUUCUCAGGUUUCGGCAAAGCGAAUACAAUAGGUGGCGCGAAAUCGCCCUUCUCCUUCCUAGACAAUCUGUCGGCACCUAAAGCCACUACUACGGCCACCACCACCACCAGUGCGGCCGCCAAGCCCAUGUUUUCGUUCAGUUCGCCUGCGAGCGACAAGCCGGCCACAAACAUUUUUGGCAGCAGCAGCAGCAUUGCUACGACCACCGAUGCCGCCAAGCCAACGACUUCCAUUUUCGGCACCAUAUCAAACACCAAGAAAGAGAGUAGCGAGUCCUUGUCGUCCGUAGCCAAGUCGUCACCUUCCAGCACCAAGUCGGGAAGCGCCACCGCCAACGUCGUCGCGUCGAGUUCUAGCAACAGCGAAUCCCAGUACCACGAGGCCGUGGCCGAGUUGAACAAGUCCAUCUUAAAGUUUCUUCAGGAGGAAUUGAAAAAGAGCGUGUACUGCAUUCUGACCCCAGUAUUUGAGGGCUACGCGGAGCACCUGAAGAAGCUGAAGGACACACCUUCGGAACCUGUUGUGCCGUUGCCAUCUGUUGCUGCUUCCAGCGCCUCGCCCGCAACCAAGCCAACUGCCACAUUUUCCUUAGGCAAGCCCAGCGCUCCUAUCGGCGGCACCACAUCGCCGUUCGCCAAGACGGCGAACUGCACAGUAACCAGUGGUGGGACGACUACCACAUCCACCACGCCCAUGUUCUCCUUCGGCACGACCGCAUCCAGCGUUUCACCGUCGACAGCCGCCAAUCCCCCAGCUCCCGCCGCAACCAGCAUCUUUGGUUUUUCUUCCAAGCCAGCCAGCGAGGCUAAGGCCACGGAAGAUGUCCCGAAACCCGGGGCCCUAUUCAAUUUCCUGCCCACAGAGAGUAGCUCUAAGAAGAGCGAAACCUUGUUUACCGCUAAAAAGAAUGACUUUUCAUUUGCCACCAAAAACGAUGAGCCCGUGGUCUCGCCUCCGAAAACAAAUGGCUUUAGCUUUGGACUAAAGAGCAACAAUGAAGAGAAGCCAGGUUGUUCGAAAUUCUCGGGCUUUGGCAAGCCAGCCGAAGCAGCUGGAGCUGGUGCUCCAUCGGGAUUUUCUUUCAGUUCCGGUUCUACGCCCUUCUCCUUUGGCAACAUCAAGCCACCAGUUUCAGCAGCAGAGGCUGUUGUCGACGAAGAGGCUCAGGAGGAUGAAGACAAGCCGCCAAAGGUGGAGUUCAAGCAGGUCAAAGAGGAUGAUGCCAUAUAUUCAAAGCGCUGCAAGGUGUAUAUAAAAAAGGACUCCGAAUACGUUGACCGCGGCAUUGGCACACUGUACUUGAAGCCAAUCAUAGACUCGGAGAAGACACAGCUGGUGGUGCGGGCGGACACAAAUCUGGGUAAUAUCUUGAUCAACCUCAUAUUGAGCGACGGGAUGCCCUGCAAUCGACAGGGCAAAAACAACGUUUUAAUGGUGUGGAUGCCCACGCCCGAGGAGACAAAGGCCACGAUACUGCUCCGCGUGAAGACUGGCGAGGAGGCCGAUGACUUGCUGAACGAGAUCAAGAAGCACAUCAAGUAGGGGUACCCACACAAGCGUACAUUUCAAUGUUGUUUCAUUUUUUAUAUAUAUUAUACAUAAUUAUAAAUAACUACGAACCCCUGGAAAUAGAACAAACAAUAAUGUACGCCAAA